AGUAGCGACCGUACGGAAACUGAUGCUCUGACAGAUGGUUCCGCCCCUUGUCCAUUUCAUUCAUUGGUUCUCCCCCUUGUGUGAUGUGCACACCCCGGUGGGCCAUGGCAGAUGCCAGGGCCGAGGGAUGGUAGUGUGCCCUGCUUAGAUGAAAGUAUUUGUAUGCUGGGUGCUCGCUUACGUGCUCAGCUUGGCCGCGGUAAGGAAGAUGUGGAGCGGCCGGUACCUGAGGAGCCCGCUGAGUCGAUACGUGUAUUCAAACAUGCUGAGCCUCAGCCAAACGCCUUACUGGGAGGGCAACCAGCAGACUGACGCAUUGAAAAUGGAGCCAUCAGCUUCCGAUCAGCUGACAUGUCUGGCAUAUAUGAAUACCUCUGGGUUUAUAAUUCAUUGGUAUUUCUGCAACACAGAAAAUUUAAGUGAAGCUCUCCGCCCCAUCUUUGUGCAGAGUUACCUUGAUGAAGGGACACAGACUUUUUUAAACCGGAGUAUUGAGAAAUCUGGCUGGUUGUCCAUCCAACUCUAUCACUCCUUUAUGUCCUCCGUUUUUAGCGUGUUCAUGUCUAGGACCUCAAUCAAUGGGUUGCUCGGAAGAGGAUCCAUGUUUGUGUUUUCACCAGAACAGUUCCAGAGACUUCUCAAAAUUGGGCCUGAAUGGAAAGCUCACCGGCUACUGGAUUUAGGGGCGGGAGAUGGUGAAGUCACAAAGGUUAUGAGCCCACACUUUGAGGAGAUCUAUGUCACAGAGAUGUCCCAGACUAUGAUCUGGCAGCUUCAGAAAAAGAAAUACAGAGUGCUCAACAUAGAUGAGUGGCAAAGAACUGGAUUUCAGUACGAUGUCAUUAGCUGCUUAAAUCUACUUGACCGUUGCCAUCAGCCAGUGACCUUACUGAAGGAGAUGAGAAGCAUGCUGGAGCCAACCCGGGGCAGAGUCAUUCUGGCACUAGUCCUCCCGUUUCAUCCCUAUGUAGAAAAUGGUGGAAAAUGGGAGAAACCUGCGGAAGUUAUGGAAGUAACCGGUAAAGUCUGGGAAGAGCAAGUGAACAGCCUGGCGGAUGUCUUCCAAGAAGCUGGUUUUGCAGUAGAGGCCUUAACCAGGCUGCCAUAUUUAUGUGAAGGAGAUAUGUACAAUGAUUACUAUGUGUUGGAUGACGCAGUUUUCGUUCUGCGACCGGUGUAGAUCUGCAAGUACAGUCAUUCAGGAUGCAGAGGAUCAUUCCUUAUCCUGUUGGUGCUAUAACCCAAUGAAUGAUUUCCGUAGACAAAUUCAGAAUCCUCAAAUGCCAAAAUCAUAUUGUAUAUCCAACAGGACAUUAUUUCUAUAUAUGUGUAUAUGAGUUGUGUUGUUUGUAUGUGUACAGAAUUUUCAUCAUGAGAACUUUUUUUUAUCCAAGUCAACCGUUCUACCUAUUCUUCAUCAGAAGGUGAAAUGAUGUUUUUAUGUCAUUGAGCUAAAGUUUGCUGUGAAACAGAUGGCUACAGUUGGUUACACAGUAUACUGUCAAGUGAAGAUUUUUAUUCAGAUGAAAUAUAGAUUGGCAAUAAAAUGAAACAUCAGAGAAAUGUUUGGAUUUGCCAUUAUAAAGCACAUUUUUUAACCUCAUCAAUAAAAUGUUCAAGAUGGUGAAACAAA